AUGACGUCUUACCAGAAAGACCAAUUAGCAAAUGGAGAGUAUUUAAAUAAAACAAUUCAACAGUUUCGAUCACAAGAACAACAGCAACAAGGAAAUCAAACUAAAAGACAACUUCAAUACGAAGAUGAAGAUCAAUUUAAUGACGAAAUGCACGAAUUUGAUCCCGAAUUCGAAACACCAAACAAGAAAAGAAAACAACAUCAAAAUAAUAAUAAUAACAACCAGAAUCAGAACAAUCAACAUGCAGCAACUACAUUCACCUUCACAAACACUUUACGAUCACGCGACAUUCGAAACACGAACCAAAGACCACCUCAAAACAGAAGUAAUAAUAAUCAGAGAAACGGACAACAGCAACAACUACAAGGACGAAACGACAAUAAUCUGGGAAAUGAACAGCAACAGCAGCAAGGACGAAUAAGCCGUUUUGCGUUAGACUAUGCUGCCAACUCCCAUUUUCAAUCGUUUAAAAUCGAGUGUAAUCCAAAAAUAACUGAUCCUAAACAGGCAACAAAGUUCAUUCAGGAAUUGACUAACAGCAUUAAACCUGAAUUUUUAAAACAAAAUCCAAUGUACUCACGUGCUGUUCAGUUCGAUUUAUGGUGGUUAGAUAAAAAUAAUGAUCUGGAAAUUAUAAUUAAAUCUACUGAAUUAUAUGUCUAUCUGUGUAAGCCGGAUCGUUUUCCAAAGAAAAUAAUGAACAUUGAACUCAAAUCGUCUCCUCCUAAACACCUUCCACCACAGCAUACUGCAAUAUUAAAAUGGUUAAGUAAUACAGUGUCUAUUGAAGAUCUGAAAUUUAAUUCGAUUUUUUCGAUCGAAGAAAUGAUAGGAACCGUAACAAAUCGAACUCGACACGUGAAAAUUGAACUCUUGGAUAAAAAAGAAUAUGAUGAUCUAUUAAACGGUGGCCAACUGAAUGUGCAAGAUCGUAAUAAUUUGGCAGCUUAUCCUCCACUUCAGUCUUCUACCGCACCAAACUUUCCUCAGACUACUUCAAUCGUCACUUCAAACUUUAGUGAGACGAUAAAAUCGUUUAGAGAUGAAUUAAAUCAGAUUAAAACAAAAUACGAAGAGGAACAAAAGCGGAUCAAAGAAAAAUAUAAAGAUUAUUUAUUAUCCAUGAAUCAAGGACUGCUUGUGAUUCAACAAGAAAUUCAAACUCAGAAGGAAAUGAUCACAUCACUGAGUAAUGCUGUGGAUCAAACUCUCUUCUCUACGUGUGAAAAAACCACGUCUAUUAUCUGUAAUGUCCUAAAGAAAAUUAAAAAAGCCAUCAACGCAAAUGAACUGGACGGCGAAACUGAACUCGUUACACAACAUCUCUCUUUGAUCAACACUUUUGCAGCAUCUUACCUCAAAAAUCGUCUCUCACUCGAAUCACUCUCCACAAAACAAAAUGAAUCUCUAACUCAACUGCUAAAUACUCUUUUCGUUUUACCAAAUGAUUAG